GGGACGGCUCCACCGCGCCGCGCCCGCGGGGAGCGCAGGGGGCCGGGGGCCGGCAGCAUGCGGAGCCUGCGCGGAGCUGAGCUGCUGUUGCUGCUGGCGUUGCUGCCCGCGGGGCGCGGAGCCGUCAUCACCGGGGCCUGCGACAGAGACCAGCAGUGCGGAGGAGGGAUGUGCUGUGCUGUCAGCCUAUGGAUCCGCAGCCUUCGGAUGUGCACACCGAUGGGCAAUAUAGGAGAGGAGUGCCAUCCUCUGAGCCACCGGGUGCCCUUCCCAGGGCGGCGGAUGCACCAUACCUGCCCCUGCCUCCCCAGCCUGUCCUGCACACGGGCAUCACCCAGCAAGUUCAGGUGUUUGCCAGACUUCAGGAAAGAAGACGUCUUCUUUUAGCAGGAGCUGCUUGGCGUGAGGAGGAGCCGCCUGUGUUCUGUUUGUUGUUGUGAUGAGCAAGGUACUCGCUGGGGACCCCUCUCCCAUCCUUCCCUGCCUCACCAACAUCACAGUGAAGAUGCCAUACUGUGCUGUAGUGGCCAAAGUUUUCUGAAGGACUUUCAUUUUGGGGUGGGUGAAGUGGGAUUUGCUGCUCAGUGCCAAUUUCAGAGAGCGGGAGCUCUGUUGCUGGACAGUCCUGUUUGUCUGUGUGGCUCCAGCUUAACCCCAGAAUGAAACCAGCCACCAUUGUUAUCACUUUUGGAAAACUUUGGCUGUGUUUUUACACUUUGGAAUGCUUGAAUUGAACUGAGAUUUGAAUCAUCGUAUGGAGUGAAGCAUAUCACAGUUACCAAAAACCCACCUUUCCAUUUCACUCCUUGGUUAAUAUAACUGUAUCUGUAAGUUAGGCACACCUCCAUGUUAAACGUUUAACCAAUAGAUGUAGAUAGUACACUUUUAAAAAGUGGCAGACGGAACCAAAGCACUUCAAUACUCAAAGCAUUACAAGACUCUGCUAUUUUAAUACUCUGAGAUGAGAAAACAUUGCUGUUACUGGAGUUGGUGUAAAACUACCUGAUCAUCCCAAACCAUGUAUUAAGAUGUAGUUUAUAUUAAAAAAAAGGAACCCUGACAUUUAUUGUAAUGGGCUGCCUGACUUCUUGUAUAUGUACUGAAUUUGCUGUGUAAAAAUUCUGUAUCAGAAUAAUGGCAGUAUAUUAUUUGAUUUAUUUUAAUAUUAUAACAUUAUUUUGUCAU